AUGGCACAGCCUAGCAUUGUUCUUGGAUUAUUCAUAAUGACUGUUUUAUCAAUGCUGGAUGGAAGUUCAGCUUUCCUAUUAAAUCAGCGUCUGAAGGGAAGAUUUCAAAGGGACCGCAGAAACAUCCGUCCAAACAUCAUUCUCGUUCUUACUGAUGAUCAGGAUGUAGAACUUGGUUCUAUGCAAGUGAUGAAUAAGACGAGGCGGAUCAUGGAACAGGGAGGUGCUCACUUCAUCAAUGCCUUUGUGACAACCCCAAUGUGCUGCCCAUCCCGCUCCUCUAUUCUCACGGGGAAAUAUGUUCACAACCACAACACCUACACCAACAAUGAGAACUGCUCCUCUCCAUCCUGGCAAGCUCAGCAUGAAAUACGCACAUUUGCAAUAUACCUGAAUAACACAGGAUACAGGACAGCUUUCUUUGGGAAGUACCUUAAUGAGUACAAUGGUUCCUAUGUGCCUCCUGGCUGGAAAGAAUGGGUUGGAUUACUUAAAAACUCUCGCUUUUACAACUACACACUCUGUAGAAAUGGCGUGAAGGAGAAGCAUGGAUUUGACUACUCUAGGGAUUAUCUGACUGACCUGAUCACCAAUGACAGUAUCAGCUUCUUCAGAAUCUCAAAGAAGAUGUAUCCCCAUAGGCCAGUAUUGAUGGUUCUCAGCCACGCUGCUCCUCAUGGUCCUGAAGAUUCAGCUCCUCAGUAUUCACAACUCUUUCCCAACGCUUCACAACACAUCACUCCCAGUUAUAACUACGCUCCCAACCCAGACAAGCACUGGAUAAUGAGGUAUACUGGUCCCAUGAAACCUAUUCACAUGGAGUUCACCAACAUGCUACAGAGAAAGCGCUUACAGACACUUAUGUCCGUGGAUGACUCCAUGGAGACGAUUUAUAAUACACUGGUUGAAACAGGUGAACUGGACAAUACCUAUAUAAUAUAUACAGCAGACCAUGGCUAUCAUAUUGGGCAGUUUGGACUGGUGAAAGGGAAGUCCAUGCCUUACGAGUUUGAUAUCCGAGUUCCUUUUUAUGUGCGAGGUCCGAAUGUGGAGGCUGGGUCCCUGAAUCCUCACAUUGUAUUGAACAUUGAUCUUGCUCCUACAAUUCUAGAUAUUGCAGGCUUGGACAUUCCACCUGACAUGGAUGGUAAAUCCAUUCUAAAACUGCUGGAUUCUGAGAGACCAGUUAACAGGUUCCAUUUAAAAAAAAAGAUGAAGGUGUGGAGAGACUCAUUCCUUGUGGAGAGAGGUAAAUUACUGCAUAAGAGAGAGAAUGAGAAGGUGGAUGCUCAGGAAGAAAACUUCCUGCCCAAAUACCAGCGUGUGAAAGACCUCUGCCAGCGAGCCGAGUAUCAGACUGCCUGCGAACAGCUUGGGCAGAAAUGGCAGUGUAUAGAAGAUGCCAGUGGGAAGCUCAAGCUGCACAAGUGCAAAGGGAUGGCUCACCUGGCAGCCGCGAGCAGCAGCAAGGGGGUCUCCAAUCUCAUGCCCAAGUAUUACAGCAGGAAAAGCGAAGACUGCAACUGUGAGGAAAACGAAUACAAGCUGAGCCCUAUUGGACAGAGAACGAAACUCUUCUCCAAGAAACAGUACAAGCCAAGCUAUGUCCGGAAUCGCUCUAUUCGCUCUGUGUCCAUUGAGCUGGAUGGAGAGGUUUAUAAUUUGGGCUUAGAGGAUGGCUAUCAACCUGUCUUACCAAGGAAUAUCACCAAAAGACACAAGGCAGAGGGGGAGGCUGCAGGAGGAGAGGAGGAUAAGGACAUCGGAGAAUACAGUGGCACGGGCGGCAUUGCAGAGUAUACAGCCUCUAAUUUAAUCAAAGUGACUCACAGAUGCUAUAUCCUGGAGAACGAUACUGUUCAGUGUGACACAGAUCUGUACAAGUCACUGCAGGCUUGGAAGGACCAUAAACUUCAUAUUGACCAUGAGAUUGAAACACUGCAAAAUAAAAUAAAAAACUUAAGGGAGGUCAGAGGUCAUCUAAAGAAGAAGCGACCAGAGGAGUGUGACUGUAACAAGAUAAGUUACCAUUCCAAACACAAGGGCAAACUGAGGCAAAAAGGGUCUAGUCUCCAUCCUUUCAAGAAAGCCCUGCAGGAAAAGGACAAGUUGUGGCUGCUUAGAGAACAGAGGCGAAAGAAGAAGCUGCGCAAACUGCUGAAGAGAAUAAAAAACAACGAUACAUGCAGCAUGCCUGGCCUGACGUGCUUCACCCAUGACAACCAGCACUGGCAGACUGCCCCCUUGUGGACAUUGGGUCCUUUCUGUGCCUGUACCAGUGCCAAUAACAACACCUACUGGUGUAUGAGGACAAUCAAUGAGACACACAACUUCCUGUUUUGUGAAUUUGCUACUGGCUUCCUGGAGUAUUUUGAUCUCAAUACUGACCCAUAUCAGUUGAUUAAUGCAGUGAACACACUAGAUAGAGACAUUCUCAAUCAACUGCACAUCCAGCUCAUGGAAUUAAGAAGCUGCAAAGGAUAUAAACAGUGCAACCCAAGAACUAGGAACAUGGAUCUGGGGCUUAAGGAUGGAAGCUAUGAGCAGUUCAGGCAGUUUCAGCGUCGAAGGUGGCCAGAAAUGAAGAGACCUUCAUCUUCCAAGUCGCUAGGACAACUGUGGGAAGGAUGGGAAGGCUAA